UAUUCGACAUUUAUUUUGAAAGGGUCAGAGUUGGGAAGCGGAAGUCAGAGGUUAGCCUAGCGGGAAUCUGCUUCUUGCUUGGCGGUGCUGUAGCUCCAGUCCAUUAUAGUUGUUGCAAAAACCAAACUCCCCCCUUAUGCUGAGUCCAGCUAGCUGCAGCCAGACUUUUCACGGCAUCUGUGUGGCGCCUUAGUUUUGUUAUUGGAAAACAUGGCGGAGCUGAUGGACGGCGACCUGGAAGACGGAGAAAUCUCCGGCUCGGACACCGAGAUGGGUGGCGCUGCGGCCGAACAAGCCAAAGCCCAGGGCUCCCUGGCGUUCAGCGGGGAGUCCUUCCAGCCGAGACCUGCGUCCGCCUGCCAGCCUCCCGCCGCCUACCGGAGCUCCGCCAAGGCGGUGGAGUCCAGCGACAGCGACGCGGACUCCUCCGACGAGGAGGCCGCCGUCUGGCGUCGGAAGCGGCUAAAAGUGUCAAACGCCCCGCAGCCGCCCGCCAGCUCCGCGCGGCCCGGUCCGCCCCUUGCGUCCGCGCGCGGAGCCCCGGAAAGCCGCAAGGUGAACAACAUCUGGGGCUCGGUGGUGCAAGAACAGUGCCAGGAUGCCAUAACAGCGGAGCUGGGCGUGUUCGGCAUGGAGGGCGUCAGCAUGGCCAGCAGAAGCGUUGAGACUUAUAACUUCGUCCUGGCUCGGAAGAUGAUGGAGAAGGAGAGGGAGGCGGAGAGGCAGUCCAGGCAGGGAGGAGAGGUGAGCAUGCUGGAUGCUGAGCUGGAGGAUUACAUGAGGGGCCGAGGGUCGGAGGGUGACGCCAAGCGAAAGCGCCCUGCCAGGGAGAGACUAGGCGCUAAAGCUGAGAUGGACACCAAGGGCCGGUACGAGAUAACGGAGGACGACCCGGACGACAAGGUGAUCGACGAAAUCGCGUACAGGCUGCAGGAGCCCAAGAAAGACCUGAUCGAGCGCGUGGUGCAGGUGGUGGGGAAGAAGAAAGCCAUAGAACUGCUGGGAGAGACCGCCACGCUGGAGGAGAACGGCGGCAUGUACACCAUGGACGGCAGCAGGCGGCGGACGCCCGGCGGCGUCUUCCUCAACCUGCUGAAGAACACGCCCAGCGUGAGCCGGUCGCAGAUGAAGAAGAUCUUCUUCGAAGAGCACCAGAAGGAGUACAAGAGCAAGAAGGCGGCGCAGAAGAGACGGCGGCACGUGCUGGCCAAGAAGAUGAAGCAGGCCAUCGGCACGCUGAACCUGCACGAGCACGACGACGUCUCCAGGGAGACGUUUGCCAGCGACACCAACGAGGCCUUGGAGUCACUGGAGGAGGGUGCAGAGGGAGAGGAGGAGGAGGAGGAGGAGGAAGAGGAGGAGGAAGGGAAGGAGGAAGCUGCUGUAGGGACCGAGGAGACGGCAGUGGUCUACAGCUCUGCAGACCUGGAGGUUUUCUGACCUCCAGGUAUUUUCUGAGCAAAACUAAGCAGUACUACAAUGAAAAUGACACACUGGAAGCACUGUGCUUUGGAGAGUCAAACUGUCCUGAGUUUGGUGUUUUUUUUUUUUUGUUAGCAAUAAAAGAAUCUUUACUAAAAUAGUUUUCUCUCUGUUCUGCUUGGAUAAUAUAAUCUUUGUCUUUAAAUCUGUUCUGCCUGAACACUGGGCGUUUAGGUGAGUUUCGUGCUACAGUUUUAGACACAGGCAAUGAUGGCCUUCCUCUACUUCACUGCCCGUUAGAAAACUCACAACUAAGACUUAUUAUCAGUGCAGCAUAUAGAUCUCUGACAAUACACCGUGCAUAUUCUGGAGCACGUCUGUUUCAUAUGAAGCAUUUUAGAGUAACAGAGUUAUUGUAGUACUGGCAAGCGUCCACUGGAUGGCAGACAUGCUCCUUAUAAGCUCCAGCACUACAACCACAGAGCAGAGUGUAUUUUAAUAGACUUUUAUGUGGCGCAUAGAGCCCUGUUUAUUUUGAUUUCCCUGAAUAAAGUCCAGCGCCUUUAGAUGCCACCUAAUUAGUAAAAGUCCAUCUGCUUGCCACUUAAUUUCGGUAUACUUGCAUUCCCGUGAAGCCCUCAGACGUUUGUUGAUUUGCCGCAUCUUAAAACCAGUGUGGUCAGAGAAAGCUGUGAAGAAUCUUCACUGUCUGCUAUUACGGAUCCCUUAUUAGUGCCUAUGAGAAUGAUUAUGUGCAUUAUACCUACGAUGAUGAGCACACUGCAAAAGAAUCUUGUAAAAAAAAAAAAGUAUAUGUAGUAUUAAUUUUUCAAAGGAUUAAAAGUAAUAACUUACUGGCAAACUUGCCAAUGACUUACAGUAACAUAUGAGGAAAGUAUUACAUUGUAUUUAUCACAUUUAAAAUGGAUACAAUUAUGGCGUUGGUUAUUGGCUAUUAAAGACGUAAUUCCUA